GGCUUCGUGCAAACAUAUGCUGAUGUGUUAAACGGUAAAGUUGCAACGCGUGUUGGUAAUUCACUCUAAAUUUUUUGUUGCGCUCUUCCGAUCGAUCGCCGGUAAUACAUAAAUUGAGGGAAAGCGGGGAGGACGAUUUUCCCCGACUUUAUUUUAGUGUGACAAAUUAGUAAAAACAAAAUGGAAAUUGUUAAUAUUUUAUUUGGGGAAAAAUGAAUGGUAAAAUAGUGUUUUAGUAAUUAAAAAAAAAAAAAAAAUAGCAACAACAGCAAAGCAAGCGUGUUAAAAGUUAAAUAAAGUGAGGCGUUAUGCAUUAAAAAUUUACACAAACUUGUAAAUUAACCGCGAGUGUGGGAAUUUCUUUUGUGCAUCGAGCAUACAUACAUACGAGCAUUUGUAUGUGCUCGAAGUGAAUUUCUGAAUACAACAAAUAUUUUCAACCAAUAUUGAAAGAAAAAAAAGUUGGAGAGUUUAAAGGUUCAACGUCGAAUGGAUGCGGUCGAGGUGUUUAAAAGUGAUAUCGUACAAUCACCUUCUUUGUGAUCGAGAAUCCAGCAUGUUGAAUAUUUAGCACAGUUCUACAACUUAGUGAGUACCCUUAAACUGCCAAAAACUUGCCACUAUACGCCACAACAAUCAGAAUGUCAAUCAACCAGGGAAAGUACAAGCCUAGCAUCUGCGCUAUAGACGAGGUUGACGAUCGCUGUCUCAAAAAUGAUGAUCUCCAAAAACAACAAAUCGAGGGUAGUGAAACAGCGCCCUUGACCACCAAUCAACAGAAAUUACACAUCGAGCCCAGCAGUCAUGUGGGGAAGGACGUGGAAUCACAGAUCGAUGAUAAUAUUGGUGGCAAUGGUAAUAGCAAAGCGGAUGGUGUAACUGGCGGCACUGGCAAUGCAGCUGCCAAUGGCUUUCGUGCUUUGCUACUUCCAGGUCGCCUCUCGUUAGACGCGCUGAUGCAGUUGUCACGCAAACGUCGUAUUCUCUACAUAACGACGGUUUGCUUUUGCGCCUUACUUUUAGUCAUAAUUGUCAUGAUGAUCGCCUUCUGGCCGGAGGUGCCAUUCUACUUUCGCGCCGAACUGUGUCUGGAGAAGGAAUGUGUACAGACCAGUCAACAGCUGCUCUUAUGGGCCAAUGUAUCCAAAAAUCCCUGUCAUGAUACCUACGAAUGGGCGUGCGGUAAUUUCGCGCGUGAAUAUGCCGAGAAUGAUUACUAUGUAAUGAAGCGCGGUGAAUGGAACUAUAAGACCUAUAAUGAAUAUGAAGAACUGAAUGAGCUGAACCGUUUCAUAUCGAUGCUGCCAUCAUCGGGUGCAGCUUCCACAGUGGAGUCGUUGAUUUCGAGCUUAUAUCGAUCGUGUCGUGAAAUCGAUACACUCGAUAAGAGUCAAUCGGAUUUGUUGCUAAAGAAGGCGAUCAAAUCAGUGGAGGACUGGCAAGCGUUUCGUGACUCAAAUCGUCUACGCAAUUGGGAAUACAAAAAGGCUUUAGUGCAUCUCCAAGCGAUCUAUGGCAUAUUUCCUUAUUACAAAGUCAGCGUUGAAAAUCGCUUUAAUAAGCCGCAUGACUACAUAAUCACUUUGGAUGAGGGCGAAAUUGGUUUGCCCGAUCGUUAUUUCUACAAUAUUGAUCAAAAUGACGAGAUCGUUCGUGGCUAUAAAUUGUUGCUGCGUGACUUUGCGAUCAACAUGGGAAUCGUAUCAAAUGAGGCGGAUCUAUUUGCUGAUGAAAUUUUCCAUUAUGAAAAACGCAUAGUUAGUCACAUCGACGCGGUGAAACAAUCCGAUGAGAGUAAAUUGAAUGAAAUUAAGACGUUGGCUGAAAUGAAAACAAUAGCGCCAUCUUUGCCAAUAAUGGAGUCACUUCAGGCGAUUUUCAGUAGUACCAAAAUUAGUGAUGAAACAGAAAUUCUGGUGCGCGAUGUCAAUGUGUUCCGCGAACUAUCCAUUGUGGUAUCCACCUCCGAUAAGAAACCCAUUAAUAAUUUUAUAAUUUGGUCAUUGGCGCGUCAUCUGUUGCCGCAUUUGUCGCAGGAAUACCGCAAUUUGGUGGAGAAUUUCGAUCAUGCCAUUUAUGGUCGCACAGCCACAUAUCCGCGUUGGAUGGUUUGUUCGCAAAUAGUGCGCGAUUGGUUACCAUUCGCUGUCGAUGCUCUGCAGCAGCAUCAAAAUACCGAACGCACAAAGUCCAAACGAUAUGCGUCGCAAGACUACAAAAAUGGGGAACCCGAUUCAACGCAUUACCCCAGUAAAUCGCAGGGCAACGAUGCAUUUCUACGUCUCAUGUACUACAGCUUGCAGAAUCAGUUGAAGGACUCAGUCAAUCAGGCGAAUUGGAUUGAUAAACGUGUAAAAAGCUAUAUUAUUGAUAAAUUGACUACAAUGCGCUUGCAGAUCGGCAUACCCGAGGAGGCGCUUAACGAAAAAACCUACAUUGAGGAAUAUUAUGACAACCUGUCGCUGAAUAAUUUAUACUUUGUUGAGUACUUGGAAUCGAUUUGGAGUUUUCGCAAAAUGCGCAUGGAAGCAAAGUUGAGGGCGAUGAGUAUCGUAGAUACUAUUGUGUCCGAGAUGUAUACACGUGAAACGCCCCAGCCGAUUAGCUAUUCGAAUAUCUUGAAUAUGUUGAUCAUAUCACGAGGAAUUGCCGCAUCCGAGUACUAUGAUUACAGAUACCCUAUUCCCAUCAACUUUGCUCGCAUUGGCGCUGAUAUAUUGGAAGUUUUGAUCGAUUCAAUCUACACAUUUGUGGAGCAAUACAAGGCCGAGCAUGCGAUUUUGACCAAUGAAAGCCUCGCAGCACAAUUUGAUUUACCCAAAGUGGAUGUUAGUUGCAUGCUAGGUGCAGCUGUUGCACACAAUCACGCGAGUGAGCUCGACGAACUGUCUACGCAUGCGCUGAGGAGUUUCCAUUACACUUUGAGCGCUGCAAGAAUUGCUGCACGCGCCCAAACCACUUUCAUAGAAGCGAUCGAUGCAGGGAGUCCCAUCAUUGGUGCCAGCAUCGAUCAGUGGCUGACAUAUGAAAAUCUACGUUUGACGCAACGCCCGCGGAUGCCUGGACUGCGUUCUUUCAACGAGAAUGAACUCUUCACACUCGCAUACAUGCAGAAGCACUGCAGCACAUUGAUUGCUGAUAAGGAUUAUGCGCCGAUCAAGCCGCAUGUGGAACAACAGCUGGCUGAAGAAUACCUAUUCAAAGCGACCUGGCAGCACAUACAAUUCUUACCGCGCUCCAUAAGCUGUUCUACGACCGAGGCUCGCUGUUCUAAUAUACUUUAGAAAUAAUAAUGGCACACAAAUUGAGCCGUGUGUUUUUUAAAUAAUUUAAUAACUUCUAUUGCCAAGACUAGAGAAUGCCAGUAAAUAUGUGGCAAGUAAAGAUGCAAAGGAACAUCACAUUCACAUUUUAUUGUAGUUUUACAAUAUUUAUAUUAUUAUCAUUAUUUUACGCUUAGUAUAGGUAUGUAGUUGCUAAGUAGGGCUCAUUGUAUGCAAUUUUUGUAUUCUAUUUCUGUUUAAGUUUUAAGUGGUGAGAUAAUUUACAAAUUAUUUUUAGUUAGUUCAGUUAGAUUUUAAGUGAAAUGACUUGCUGCGCAUCUUUCCAUCACACUUUUAGUUCAUUUUUAUUAAAAAAUAAUUAAUAAUAAUUAUUUAACCAAAUAGAGUAAAAGCAGAAAAAAGACAUUUAUGAAUUUGCACAACUAAAAAUGUAAAUGUAUGAUACAAAAAACAAGCUGCGGAUUUAUUGUAGCAAUCAACUACAAUUUUUAUUAUUAAAACAAAGAAAAAAUGUAAUACGUGUAAAAAUAAAGAUCA